AUGGGUGUGUUCACUUAUGAAAUGGAGGUGGUUACAAAAAUCCCCCCAACUAAGAUAUUCAAGGCCUUUGUCCUUGAAGGUGACAGUCUCAUCCCCAAGAUCGUGCCACAGGCCAUUAAGAAUGUUGAAUUCAUUCAAGGAGAUGGAGGGCCAGGCAGUAUCAAGAAAAUUACUUUUGGCGAAGGAAGCCAAUUUGACUAUGUGAAGCAUAAGGUUGAAGCAUUAGACAAAGAGAAUUUGACCUACAGUUACAGUGUGAUUGAGGGUGAUGCACUGAUGAAAUCACUCGAAAAAAUCACUUACGAGAUCAAGAUAGCAUCUUCUCCAGACGGAGGAUCCAUCUGCAAAAGCAUCAGCAAGUACUAUACCGUUGGCGACUUUGAGAUCAAGGAAGAGCAAAUCAAAGCUGGCAAAGAAAAGUCUUCAGGAUUGUUCAAGGCCCUUGAAGCCUACCUUUUGGCAAAUCCUGACGCCUAAUAAAGUUACCGAUAUUAGUAUGUUGAGAGACUCUGUUUUGGUUAAUAAGGCUUGGCGCCAAGUGGCUUGUAAUUUUCCACUAGAAUAAAGAGUCUUUAUUGUAUCACUUCACAAAUAAAUAUAAGAAAAUAAUAAUAAUAAUAAUAAAUUCUU